GUAACAGUGACAGCAGAGCAGUAAAGCUUUUGCGUAAUGAGUAGCUUGAUAAUUCCUCUGUGUAUCUAAGGGCAACCUCAGCCAUCCCUCCACUGUUAUGACGUUCCAUCUAUACGGGGCAAAUGUCACUUUUUUAUUGGCUCACAUAAUUAUAGUUCUCUAUAGCAGGUUGACACUGGGACACACUCACCUAUUGUUAUUGAUAUACUGCAUAAUAUCAUGAUACUUAAAUUAUGUAAUAGAAUGGCAUUUGGGAGUAUUUAUAUAUAAUGUAUUUGCACAAAGGUAUAAAUAUUCACCCCAUUCUUCUUCUUUUUUCACACUGAAAGAAAAGCUGCCAUUUUAAUUUAAUCCAGCUUCAUUUGUUUUAUUUUAUUUUGGUCGAGAAGUCUUAGCUAUGUUUAAGUGUUGCAUUCUUUCACAGGUCCCACAGUGGGAAGAUGAUAGGGGGGAAUUUUAUGGUUUUCAUCGAGGUAGCCAUUAUGCUGGCCUGAGUUAGAUCCAUUCCCAACCUUCUGUGAUUAUUUAAGGCUCUCUCUGUUAUUUCAGGUGUGGCCAGUAUGGCAGCUAGAUGCAUGCCACUUCCUCAUGUGUGCAAGAACAAGUUUUCUGCGUUUGUCGUGGAGCGUUACAUUCAAAUCCAUGACCCUCUUGGAAUGUACAGGAAGGGACGAGUAGCAGUUCACAUGGACACCGUGCACAACACAGUGCUAGCCAGAGACAAAUAGAGCGAGGCACGUAGUAAUCUGUCGAACAAAGAAAGAGCUGCCAAAACCUCAGCUCGGGGAGCCCAGGGACCUGAGCGCAUUGAGGAUGCAGCCAGCUCAGGAAGACGCACUGACGGUGUCCCAGACACUGGACAAACUGCUGGCCCGGGACACGGUCCAGGUGGAGCUCAUACCUGAGAAGAAGGGCCUGUUCCUCAAACAUGUGGAGUACCAAGUCACCAGCCAGCGAUAUAAAGUAUCAGUUUACCGACGCUAUAGCGAUUUUGAUGUCUUCCAUGAGGUUUUGCUGCAGAGAUUUGCCUACAGAGUGGUGCCGGCACUGCCACCUAAAAGAAUGUUAAAGGGAGUCCUGACCUCCGUCUCUGAGCGUGACUUCAUCGAGGGGAGGAGACGUGCUCUCUGCAGAUUCAUCAACUUGGUGGCGCGGCACCCCUUCUUCUCAGAGGACGAGCUGGUCAAGACCUUCCUCACCUUCAGCAGCUCCGAUGUUCAGACUAAGCUGCGUGACACUUACAAGAAAACGGGCGAUGAGUUCAUGACCAACAGAAUCGCAACCCAAGCAAAGGAAUAUCUCCCCGCUGACAUCCAGGCUCAGUUCUCGACAAGCAGAGAGCUGAUUAGAAAUAUUCACAACAGCUUCCACAAGCUGCGGGACAGAGCUGAGAAGAUGGCCGAGCGCUCAAAGGAGAAUGCAACUGAUCUUCUCAUGUUUGGCAGAGAGCUCAGUACGCUGGGCUCAGAUGCUUCGUCUCUCCCCUCCUUGGCCUCCUCACAAAGCACCUGGGGGACCCUGCGUCAGGCUCUGAAGAGCCUGUCUGUGGAGUUCGCCGUGCUGUCCGACAAAGCCGCCCAGCAGGGCAGACGGGAAGAGGAUGAUGUUGUGGAAAAACUGAAUCUUUUUCUGGAUUUGCUGCAGUCGUACAGAGAUCUCUGUGAGCGCCAUGAGAAGGGCGUACUCCACGAGCACCAGAGAGCUCUGCACAAGUACAGUGUGAUGAAGAGGCAGAUGAUGAGCGCCACAGUGCAGCCUAAAGAGCAGGCAUCUGUGGAGCAGCUGGAGUCACGAAUUGUUCAGCAAGAAAACGCCAUUCAGACGAUGGAGCUCCGGAACUACUUCUCCCUGUUCUGCCUUCAUCAGGAGACACAGCUCAUCUUCAUCUACCUUCCAAUCACAUCCCACAUUCUGGGGGCUUUUGUUAACUCCCAGGUCCAAGGACACAGAGAGAUGGGAGAAGUGUGGAAUGAACUCCAGCCAAAGCUUGGAUGUCUCUUCGGUGGUAAUAACGGAUUGAAACCCCCCAUCUGAAACCGACAUACACCAGGUGGAGGGACAGAAACACUGCCGCUGACGAGGAUCACAAACUGGAAAAUAACUUGCUCCGUGAGCUACAGAAAAAAACCUAGAAUGCACAACUAUUCUCCUCCUGCAAAGUCGUCUGUUGCGCGAUAUACAUUCCACUCAAUAAGAGGAUUUUUUAAUGUAAAUGGCUUCUCAACUUAUUUUGGGUUUGAUCAUCAACCGUGCAUGUGGAAAAGACAGUGGGCUCAUAAAUCUGCCAUUUCAUGCUCUGCUUGAUGAGGAAAUAAUUUCCAUUUCCAAAUCAAGGAGGGAAAAUCCUCGAAAUGUUAUAAGGGAGCAGUCAGCAUGCCAAACUUGAAGGAUGACAGUAUAUUCAUGCAUUCCAACUCAUUUCCGAAAGCACCUGUUUGUAACUUAACUUUGUAAGACGUUUUAUACACUAAAACAGUUGAGAGAAAACUGCAAGGGACAGAAAGUUUGUUAAAGGAUGGGAUUAUUUUAAAUCCACGGUCAUGAAGGUUUUUGCUUUUCCUUGCUGAAUAACUUUAGACCAACGUAUUUUUGAUACAGAUUUUAGUUUAGAAGGAUGUGUAGCAGCAUAUUUUCCUUUUUGUGUGGACGACUGCGCUAUUUCUCACUGUUAGACUGUUUACUUUUAUCUUUGCUUUCUCUGCUUAAAUUGUUUUCCCAGUUUUAUUUUAUAAGCUAUUUCGAACGGCCUCUGCCCAGAGUGUUUAAUACUACAAAUCGCAGAGAUUUGACAAUUACUGAUUUAAAAAAAGCAAAACGCUAACCUCUGGCACGGGUGGCAUGUCAACAAUAACACUAUAAGCUAUUGAUAUACCGCCAAAGAUAUGAAAUACAUAUAUAAAAUCACUAAUUGAAUAUUCAAUUCAAAUUGAAUAAUCACAACGUUUGAAUCUUGGCCACAUCACAGCUGCAGAUCAUCACUUGGAUUCACUUAAAACACUUAGAUUGGACACUUUUCAGAUAUUUGCUGUGAAAACAAUGAUGCACAAUUGUGUCUGCACACAUGUUUAUUAGAACAUAGAACAAAAUAAUCAAAUCAAACUUAAAUUAAAGGGACAUUUUGCCACAUAUGGGCUCGUGUUUUGAAAGUUACCUCACAAAAUAUCACAAACUAACGUGAUCUCAAACACACCAACCUGACUCUGUUGAAUGAUGCCAGUAUGCACAAAGUCCAGCAUUUAUUUUAUGAAGAAACUGUAAUGUUUGCAUACAGUGUGAAACAUUUGUUUAUGAGGUAAUGGGACUCAACUUGCACAGAAUAUGAAACCCAAUAAAAUGAUCACUGUUGAUACUGUAAAUAUUUUAUCCAGGAAAUCCUUACCGAAUUGUGUUAACUCAGUUAUCUUGAAAAAUAAAAUGACGGAAUGGAUAUUUCUUUCAGUGUACUGCUGCUUUGAUUCUGUCUAUUUAGUUGAGCUUACAGUAAUUUUACAUGUGAACACUCUGCAUGAACAGUUAAAGUGGUCCUGUUAAUUCCUGAACAACACUGAGCAGGAUGUAACGAUAGCAACAUUUAAAGGCGAAAUCUGGAAGGCUGAUGCUUUCAUUCAGACGUCCUCAGGAACGCGCUCCCUCCCACACCUCUCACAGCGCCUCCACCUCCUCCAGCUUGUGGCCUAGGAUCACGUCAUGACCCUGAAACUUGAAGUAUCCGACAAAUUUCUUCUUCUGGAGCAACAGGGGGAACCACAGGAUGUCAUCUGGCCACAUUUGACUGAAAGGAAUCUGGUGACAUUCGAACCACUGAGGCCUCAUUUCUAAAAAAAACAAAAAAACAAAAGAGGAAACAAAUCGUGUCACCUGCCUCACGAUGUUACAGGAGGAUCACAAAUGGCCAAGUUUAUCUCUUAUCUCAAUCACUGCCCAGUCCAUAGUGGGA